CAGGUGCCAUCCGCCGCCAUCCGCCCUCUCUGCCCCCCCAUCCCCAGGUGAGGGGGGUGAGUUCAGGAAGCAGAGACCCCGAGGAACCCAUCAGGGUCACCAUUUGCAGCGCAACAUGGCAGGAGCUGGAGGAGGGAAUGAUAUUCAGUGGUGUUUUUCUCAGGUGAAAGGAGCAGUAGAUGAUGAUGUAGCAGAAGCAGAUAUAAUUUCUACAGUAGAGUUCAAUCAUUCUGGAGAAUUGCUGGCAACAGGAGAUAAAGGUGGUAGAGUUGUCAUCUUUCAACAGGAGCAGGAGAACAAAAUCCAGGCUCAUAGCAGAGGAGAAUAUAAUGUUUACAGCACCUUUCAGAGCCAUGAACCAGAGUUUGACUACUUGAAAAGUUUAGAAAUAGAAGAGAAGAUCAACAAAAUUAGGUGGUUGCCCCAGAAAAAUGCUGCUCAGUUUUUAUUGUCUACCAAUGAUAAAACAAUAAAAUUAUGGAAAAUCAGUGAAAGGGACAAAAGACCAGAAGGGUAUAACUUGAAAGAGGAAGAUGGAAGGUAUAGAGAUCCUACUACAGUUACUACACUACGUGUACCAGUCUUUAGGCCCAUGGAUCUAAUGGUUGAAGCCAGUCCAAGAAGAAUAUUUGCCAAUGCUCAUACAUAUCACAUCAAUUCUAUUUCUAUAAAUAGUGAUUAUGAAACAUAUUUAUCUGCAGAUGAUUUGCGGAUUAAUCUUUGGCAUCUGGAAAUUACAGACAGAAGUUUUAAUAUUGUGGAUAUCAAGCCUGCCAAUAUGGAAGAACUAACAGAGGUGAUUACAGCAGCAGAAUUCCAUCCAAACAGCUGUAACACAUUUGUAUACAGCAGCAGUAAAGGAACUAUUCGGUUAUGUGACAUGAGGGCAUCUGCUCUCUGUGACAGACAUUCUAAAUUGUUUGAAGAACCUGAAGAUCCCAGUAACAGGUCAUUUUUUUCUGAAAUCAUCUCCUCUAUUUCUGAUGUAAAAUUCAGCCAUAGUGGUCGAUAUAUGAUGACUAGAGACUAUUUGUCAGUCAAAAUUUGGGACUUAAAUAUGGAAAACAGGCCUGUGGAAACCUAUCAGGUUCAUGAAUACCUCAGAAGUAAACUUUGUUCACUGUAUGAAAAUGACUGCAUAUUUGACAAAUUUGAAUGUUGUUGGAAUGGAUCUGACAGUGUUGUUAUGACUGGAUCUUAUAAUAAUUUCUUCAGAAUGUUUGACAGGAACACGAAGCGAGACAUAACCCUAGAAGCAUCACGGGAAAAUAAUAAACCUCGCACGGUUUUGAAGCCACGCAAGGUCUGUGCAAGUGGCAAGCGAAAGAAAGAUGAAAUAAGUGUUGACAGCCUAGACUUCAACAAGAAAAUACUUCAUACAGCCUGGCACCCUAAGGAAAAUAUCAUUGCUGUAGCAACCACAAACAAUCUGUAUAUAUUUCAAGACAAAGUGAAUUAGGGUUGGCGUUCCCAGCAGAAGAUCCCACUUCCUGCUUAGUUGAGAUAGUUGAAUCUAGUAUUCGUACCUAUAAAAGAGAGAGGUCCAUUGUGGCACCCCUUUCCAGUGUUUAACAAUGUGCCAUCUGACAACACAUUUUUAUAGCUACAUGGAGAAAGCUCUGUGGAUUCAUCACUCUGCUGUUCUCCAUGUCUGCUAGCCAUUUAGGUAAGGGUAGGGCACUUUUAAUUUAAAUGACUUCUUGCACCAUCUUGCCUAAUGGACUAGAUUGGACUGUAUCAACAUUGAUUUACUCCACUUUUUAUGCCUUCCAUUGUGAUGACGUCAAACACAGUGAAAGCCUUCAGUCAUGCUAUGGGAUUUAAUUGUGUAUCCUCAUUACUGUAUCAUUUGUGGGGUACACCCUCCCCCCU